UUCUGUUAGGAGUUUUCACUUCUCUGUUUUCUUGUGGUAUGUACUGUCUGUCGUGGAAGUUUGUGAUUCACGUCUGCAACACGGAAAGAGCGCGCAGGAGAACACGCAUACACAUCAAAACAUAACAGGCGGCUGUCUACCGCAGCCGCGAGGACGGGAUGUGAUGUUUCACAUCCACUUCAGGACGAUACGUCAACGUUACCUCUGCCAAACAAUGACUGUAUAUCUUUUAUACAGUCAUUGCUGCCAAAUGGGAGAAGCCUGGGCUAAAUUAGAACAAUAACUCACUGCUUUGGUCCUAAAGGUAUAAUCCAAAUGAAGCUACGAUGGGAAGGUUGUUAUUGUUGCUUUUCCUCUGUCAGUUUGCGUCAUCAGUGAAACACUCCUUGAAGUUUUUCUUCUGUCAAACAUCUGGAGUCCAGAACAUUCCGGAGUUUGUGGUGGUUGGACUUGUUGAUGGAGUUCAGAAAAGUUACUAUGAUAGCAGGACAGAGCGACCAGAACCCAAAACAGAAUGGAUGAAAAAACUCAUGAAGGAUGACCCUCAGCACCUGGAGUGGUACACUGCUCGCUCUUUGCAUGUCCAACACUUAUUCAAACAUUACAUUGAGAAUUUGAGGAAACGUUUCAACCAAACCGAAGGUGUUCAUAAUUUCCAGAGUUUGAAUGGCUGUGAAUGGGAUGACGAGACUGGACAGAUUAAUGCGUUCAACCAGUACAGUUAUGAUGGAGAAGACUUUCUAACAUUUGACCCGCAGCGACUGACAUGGAUUGCUCUAAAACCACAGGCUGUCAUCACCAAACUGAGAUGGGAUGGUGAAGAAGAUCAAUUAAAAUGCAAUAAGAACUUUUAUGUCCACGAAUGCCCUGAGUUUUUGAAGAAGUAUGUUCAGUAUGGGAAAAAGUUUUUGCAGACAGCAGUCCUUCCUUCAGUGUCUCUCCUCCAGAAGUCUUUAUCCUCUCCAGUCAGCUGCCACGCUACAGGUUUCUAUCCUGACAGAGGUUUGAUGUUCUGGAGGAAAGAUGGAGAAGAGCUCCAUGAAGGUGUGGAUCCUGGAGAGAUCCUUCCCAACAAUGAUGGGACCUUCCAGAUGAGUAUUGAUCUGAAUGUUUCAUCAGUCACACCUGAAGACUGGGAGAGGUACGACUGUGUGUUUCAGCUCUUUGGUGUGAACGAGGACAUUACCACCAAACUGGACAAAACCCUGAUCAGGACCAACUGGGGGAAGCCCGCUCACAUUAUACCUACAGCGGUUGUUCUAGCUAUCGUCCUCAUUGCAGCUGUUGCAGCUGUGGCGGUUGUCGCAUACAAAAGAAAGAAAGCUCCUGCCAAUGCCUCCGAACAGUCUGAGACACUAAAUCCACAAACAUGACCAUCCUUCACGCAGUUCUGCGCUCUGCAUGACUUUGCUCUGGCUGUUUCAGUUCUUCUACAGUUUAAAGUUUUACAUUUUAUAUACAGUACUUAUCAAAAUACCCAACAGGUAACAUGAUACAUCAUAAAAAGUUUUUUGUUGUUUAUUUUAAAGGCCCACACUGCAAUAAAUGUAUGUGCCUCAAAUGAAGCUCAAAUAUUGAUAUAGUAUCAUUUCAAAAAUAGAAUUUAUCUUGGUUCAUUUAACUUUAGGGGUGUUACCUCUUCUGGAUGUUUAUAUGUUUACUUUUUGUGUAGUUAACAGUCAAAUAUUUGUCACCCUUUAUUAAAUCUAAUGUAUAAUAAUUCAUGCAUUACAUGUAUAAUCGUUUCAUGUAAUGAAUUUGACAUUUACAUUCAGUUAGAGAAUUUAUAUGUUAUGUCUGAUCAUUGGUCAUAUCACCUGCAUGGGACAGAUGGCUUAUAAAUCACUCUGGGUCUGCUUUGGCAUAAAGCCCAGUUCACACUUACCGUAACUUUUUAUAAUUAUUUGAACAUUUAAUGUCUUCUAAACAAGAAGACAUUCUCUCCUUACUUUUUCAUGUAUUCAGAAAUAUUCUGUAUUGAUGUGCAAAACCUUUUAUCUAUAAAACAUUCAUAUGUUUGAGCUACAUGUUAAUGUCAUGGUCCUGAGUCUGUGACUCAGUGGUUUUGGUUUUGGUAAUUAUUAUCUUGUUCUUAAGGUUAAUUCUUGUUUUCAUGUUCUUUGGGGUUGGGCUCUGGUUAUAUUUUGAGCAACUUCUGUUCUGUGUUUCUGCCCGCCCUGGUCCCAUGUCUCUGUGUUUGUCU